AUAGUCGAGUAGUAUAUCCCGACGACGAUGAUAGUGAACGACCCAACCAACCGAUUCGUAAUACUAGUGCUUCGGUCAGUCCUUCAAACAGUGAUCAAUGCAAACAACAGGAUUGUCACACACCAAACGUAUGUUAUUUAUACUUAGAUGAAGCACAUGUAGGUCAGUGCGUCCGUAGUAAUGGUGCUAAAGGAGUUUGCUGUGAGCCAGACGUCAAAAUAAUUGGAAAAGAUUUUGAAUUGGAAAUCCGUGUUCCCAAAGAUGUUAUACAAAGUCGACGAUUCAGACCUGAAGACAGGUCAUCCAUCACUUCAAACGAAAUAAAUAGCGCCCAAAAGUUGGCCAUAAUUUUUAUGAACAAACAGGACAGACUUGAAAUUGCACUCAAAAAUGAUGACCUGUUGGCCAAACGCGGUUCGGGAGAGUUCGCGCACCAAAACUUUUUUGGAGCAAAUCCGGUGGCUAUAUCACUGGCCAGAGAUGCGACCAUUGCGUUACAUACGGCUAUAGAAUUAUCCAAAGAAAAAGGCUUUAAUGUCGGCCAAUCAAGACGUCUAUUACCUGGUAUUGAUCUGAGAAGCACUCGUAUGAAAACAUUUUGUCCACAAGAGCCGCGUUGUUUAUCUACUAAAUACCGGAGACCCGAUGGCAGCUGUAAUAAUAGAAGAAAUAGACAGUGGGGCAAAUCGAUGAUCACAUUUGAAAGAUUACUCGAAGCUGACUAUUCUGAUGGCAUAAAUGAUCCGCGAGUUUCAGUCGAUGGCAAUUCACUGCCCAGUGCUCGGGAUGUGUCAAUUGCAUUGGCACCCGACCGAAAUCAACCYAACCGACAAUACACUUUAAUGGUUAUGCAAUUGGGACAGUUUAUCGAUCACGAUCUCACACAUACGGCUAGCACUAGAACAAAUGAUAACUUUGCUUUGCGUUGUUGUGGUGAGGAGUUCCGUCGUAAUCCCCAAUUGGUUCAUCCGUCUUGUUUCCCGAUAAUUGUGUCGCCAAACGACCCGUUUUACUCCAACUUUGGUCAAACAUGUAUGAACUUUGUACGGUCAGCGCCAGCCAUACGGCCUAACUGUCAAAUGGGUCCACGCGAACAACUUAAUCAAUUGACCGCAUAUUUGGACGCCAGCAAUAUAUAUGGAUCUACAGAGCAAACAGCCCGAUCUUUACGAAGCCUACGCAAUGGUCGGCUUAGGGUAUCAUUAGUUAAUAGGCGCCAGUUUUUACCGUUUGACAACAAUACAAACUUCUGUGCGAUACCACAACAGCAACAGUUACAAUGUUUUGUUGCCGGAGAUAUGCGGGUCAAUGAACAGACAGAACUGACAGUUAUGCACACCGUAUGGAUGCGCGAACAUAACCGAGUGGCCGAAGUACUGUCGGAACUGAAUCCCGGAUGGAGUGAUGAGAUCAUCUAUCAGGAGGCCAAACGUGUAGUAACAGCUGAGUUUCAGCACAUCAUAUUCAAUGAGUUUUUGCCAAUAAUUAUUGGUCGGCCAGCUAUGCGUGCCUUUAGACUGUUGCUUAAGAGGAACGACUAUAGCAAUACAUACUCCGAAGAUAUUAACGCCGGUAUUACCUCCAGUUUUGCGACAGCAGCCUUUAGAUUGCAUACUUUGAUUGAGGGAAACAUACGGCUUAUUAAUGAUAACAAUCGACAGGUCGAUAGGGUUGACCUUAGGACACAAUUCAAUAAUCCGCAAAUUUUGUAUAAACAGCGAGCAUUGGAUCUCAUGAUUAACGGACUCACUGGUCAACCAAUACAACACGGAGAUAAUUUUUUUACGAGUGAAGUAACCAAUCAUUUGUUUGAACCAAUUGGACAGCCAUUYGGUAUGGAUUUGAUUUCRCUAAAUAUUCAAAGAGGCCGUGAUCAUGGAUUGCCUUCAUAUAACCGUUUCCGUCAAGUGUGUGGUUUACGGGCAAUAAGAAAUUUUGGCGACUUGUCCUCAGUAAUGAACCAAAAUGCGGUUCAAGCCAUAAAUCAAGUGUAUCGACACGUGGAUGACAUCGAUCUGUUUAUAGGCGGUGUGUCCGAGAAUCCUAUCAACGGUGGUCUGGUUGGACCUACGUUUGCCUGUAUUAUAGCCGAACAGUUUAGACGACUCAAAAUGGGUGACCGAUUCUGGUUUGAAAACGGAGGACUCGAGUCAUCAUUUAACGAGAUACAGCUCCGGGAGAUWAAAAAAUCCAGUUUAUCCCGUAUUCUGUGCGACAACAGUGACAUACGAUUUAUGCAACCGUUGGCUUUAGUUCAGACAUUUGAUUGGAAUCCCAAACUUGAGUGCAGAGGCAAUGAUAUACCAACAGUUGAUCUAACAUUUUGGCGCAAUGAGCCCGUCUGGACAUAAUUAUAUAGUAGU